AUGAAAACUACAAAGGUGAAAAAAGAUAAGAAGAUGGUUUAUAGUGAAGAUGAAACUGAUAUAAGUGAAGAUCUGGAUAGCAAAAAAGAAAACAUUCGUAAAAAACCAACAAGAAUGAAAAAGAAUUUGAAGAAAGGUAUAGAAUUGAAAGGAGUGAAGAGGAAAGUAUUACAGAAUGAGUCUAAGAACGAAGACAGUACUUCAAACUCUGAAAUAGAGAUGACAGAUUUACGCGAAGAUGAUGACACGGAGCUAGAUGAUGUCGGGAACAGAUGUAUAAUCUGCGAUGACUAUGGACGAGACAACGAGUUGUGGUGCAGAUGUGUACUGUGUGGACGUUGGGCCCACUCGGAAUGCUCAGGACGUGACUCUGCAAAAGAUUAUAAAUGUGAUUUAUGUUUCCAUUAA